UCACAUUUUAUUUUAUUGUUUCGAUGGCUCAGCUUUGAGUUUUCUAUUUUUUCUGCCCCACCCUCGAUUGCCACUUGAUAUUUUCUGCUUGUAUUUUCCUCUUCAUCCUGAAAAUUGAAAUCCCAUUAAGAGAGAGACGGAAAGAUCAUAAUUCUUUUCUCUUUUUUUUUUUUUCUUUUAUAUAUAUAAUUUUGUUUUUUUAUUACUAGUUACUUUCUAAUUUUUUUUCUUUUUUUAAUUUGUUUUUACGUUUUAUUUCCCUUUCUCUCCCUCUCUCUUGAUUCGAUUUUCAGGGUUUAUCUGAUCAGAGAUCGUUUUCGUGGGCUUUGAUUUUCUCGUGUUUUCCUUUCCUUUUUCUUUUAUCUCGUUUUCUCUCGCUUUUUGUGGAUUUCUUCGGUUUAUUUCAUCAAUUUUAAGGUGAGAAAAACUUCAUCUUUUUAUAUUCCUUCGUUUCGGUAACCUUUAUAUUUUAUUUCAUCUUGAAAAUCAUAAAUUUGAAUUUGAAGGCAAUAGAUUCUGAAUAGCGUUUAUAUAUAUUUAAAUGUUUCCUUUUUAUAUGCAAAUCUCCACUUUCCGUUUCGUGAAUUUUUAAAUUAUGUAUAAAAAAUGUCUAUAAUUUGAGCUCUUUUAAGUUGGAAUCUUUGAUUUCUGUGGAUUUGGGUUAGGGCUAGGGUUAGGGUUGGGUUGGGGCUAGGGUUUUUUUUUUUUUUUGUAGAUAUGAUCAAGCAGAUAUUAGGAAAGCUACCACGAAAACCAUCGAAAUCAUCCCAAAAUGAUUCAAAUGGUGAUGGAGUCAAUGUUAAUUCCUCUUUGAACCCCAAUUCUUUAAACAACUCAAAACCCGGUUCGGCUUCUUCCAAGUCCUCGGGUUCUCGUUUGAGCAAUGGGACUCUUAAUUCACAUUCAUCCAGUUUGAACAAAUCCAAUGAAGGGAAGAAAACAGCCCCUCUUGCAAGCCAAGCCGGUCCUGUGUCAGCUCCAGCAGUUUAUGAGGCUUUGCCUAGUUUCCAGGAUGUUCCUAGCUCGGAAAGGCAAAGUCUUUUUCUUAAGAAGUUGAAUAUUUGUUGUGUGGUUUUUGAUUUUACUGAUCCAUCUAAGAACCUUAGGGAAAAGGACAUAAAGAGGCAGACUUUGUUGGAGCUUGUUGAUUAUAUUUCAUCAGUUAUAUCGAAGUUCAAUGAGGUUGCAAUGCAAGAGAUUACUAGGAUGCUGGCUGCUAAUCUGUUUCGAACAUUUCCAUCACUGAAUCAUGACAAUAAGCUUCUAGAAAUGUAUGAUUUGGAUGAGGAGGAACCGGCCAUGGAUCCUGCUUGGCCUCAUCUUCAGAUAGUAUAUGAACUUUUGCUUAGAUUUGUGGCCUCACCGGAGACUGAUGCUAAACUUGCUAAAAGAUAUAUCGACCACUCAUUCGUGUUGAAAUUGUUGGAUUUGUUUGAUUCAGAUGACCAAAGAGAGAGGGAGUAUCUAAAGACAAUUCUACAUCGAAUUUAUGGGAAGUUCAUGGUGCAUCGGCCAUUUAUUAGAAAAGCCAUCAACAAUAUCUUCUAUAGGUUUAUUUUUGAGACAGAGAAACACAAUGGUAUUGCUGAGUUGCUUGAAAUCUUGGGGAGUAUAAUAAAUGGGUUUGCUUUGCCUUUGAAGGAAGAGCACAAACUCUUCUUGGUCCGAGCUUUGAUUCCUCUUCACAAGCCCAAGUGUGCAUCAAUGUACCAUCAGCAACUUUCAUAUUGCAUUACUCAGUUUGUUGAGAAGGACUUCAAGCUGGCUGAUACUGUCAUUCGAGGCCUUCUAAAAUAUUGGCCUUUAACUAAUAGUUCAAAGGAGGUAAUGUUCCUUGGCGAGUUGGAAGAAGUUCUAGAAGCUACUCAAGCAGCAGAAUUCCAACGCUGCAUGGUUCCUCUUUCCCGACAGAUUGGCCGCUGCCUCAGCAGCUCACAUUUUCAGGUAGCUGAACGUGCUUUGUUUUUGUGGAACAAUGAUCACAUAAGAAAUUUGAUCAUCCAGAACCGCAAAUUAAUACUCCCUAUAAUCUUCCCAGCACUGGAGAGAAAUACAAGUGGUCAUUGGAACCAGGCAGUUCAGAGUCUUACACUGAAUGUCAGGAAGAUAUUCUCGGAUGCUGAUCAAUCACUCUUUGAUGAGUGUUUGGUCAGAUUCAAAGAAAAUGAAAUGAAGGAAAAAGAGAUUCAGGAGAAGCGUGAACUAACCUGGAAGCAGUUGGAAGAUGUUGCUGCAUCUACUGCUGUAAGCAACAAGGCUGUACUGGUUUCAAGAUUUGUCUCUUCCACUGCCAUUGCCUCCAGCACAAGUCCAAAGGCAACAGCAGGCAGUUGAGAGAUGGAAUGAAUGCAAUUUGUUAGAAAUCAUAUACAUCCAUCGUAGUGAAAUGAUCCAGGGUGUAACUCCAACGGUACACCAUGGGAACCGGUUGUUCUCACUCAGGUUUUUAACAGCGAGACCUUACCUCAAUGACUAGUGAAGGUGGGUUCUGUGGAUAUUAAGGUUUGCUUCUUUUUUGGUUCUGGGCUAAUUCAAUUUUCUUUCAUGCUCCCUCGUCCUUCCUCUUCCAUGAUAGAGGUCCAUGUGUGUGUAUCAUAACGAAUGUAGUUUAUAUAGGCAGUUGGUUGGAUUUACUAUCGGACAUUAUUUAUUAUUGUAUUAUUUUUUGUAAUGAUGCAAGCAGAUAUUUUUUCCCCCUGUUUCACUAAGCUGUGCACACUCCAGCCCCCAUAUCUAUUUCGUAUAAUAUCAUGAAUGGCUUAAGAUAUUUA